AUGCCGUCGCGCAAAUCCAUCUGCGUCGACAGACGCAACCCUUGCACUCAUAUCAAAAUGACCCGCCUUUUUGACCCUUACGGUUCCUUCAGGUGCUCCAUGUGCCACAAACAUCCCAGCAUCGGUUGGCUCUACCGUUGCACUCAAGAUUCGCAAGGCUUCCUUCCAGAAUCUGACUUUACAGGCACUCCGGCACAUAUGAGAAGAGAGAACUCGAUGAAUGUGGCUGCAACGUCACUCAGCAACCCCGUCAUCAAAGCUAUCGGUCAAGGCCAGUACACUGAUGACCAAGUUGCGUCGUUGCUCAAACAAAAAGAAAGGGUCAAGGAUCUCGUCCACGAGCAAGACCAUAGACCUACAACUUCAUACAGUGCCACUACAGAUGCAUCUACUGCCGACUCAUUAGUCACAGACAGAACCUUUUCGACUCUGCCCCAGAGUACCACCUUUUCCACCACCUCCUCUUCCUCCCUUGAAGAAGAGAUACGAGCAGCGUAUGAUUGGAAUGAGUUGCAAAAGGUUUGGAUGUCAGAACCAACACUCGCUCCCCCAUCGUCACCCCGACCGAGACCAGCCGUACUCGCAGAACACCAAACUCUGAACGAGAAUGCGAGGGAGAAGGAGAGCGAGAAAAGCAAUGAGACCAGAAAGGGGAAACAGAAAGAAGACGUCACACCAACAUGUAACUUCAUGGUCUGCCCAACUUGCCGACCAACUUACCGUGACCGUGCCUAUUGGUCUCUUGACAUGGUUCUCGCUAGCCCAGUCCAAUUUCCUCCGAUCUGGGAGAUGGAAAACCGGCGUAUUUCUGAUGCCCGAACACUGAUGGGAAUCAGGACGCCUCCGGCCGAAAGGAGCUCUUCUCAAUUGACACGUUCUAUUACCACCGAGUCUAUGCAGAGUGUACCAAUUUUCAGAAUCGAGGCUGUGGAUGACGCCGACAAUGUUCAAGCUGAGCCUGACAGUGCCGAGAGCAGCUCGGGACAAGAAACAGAUGCUCAUUCCGUCCGCAAACGCAGUGGCUUUCGACAAACAGUCAGAAGGGCUCUAGCCAGAGCUCGACUCGAAGAUGCGGCCUCGAGCAGCAACAGUACGGACGCAUCUGACUCACUUGAUCAAGAGCCCUUGGACCGGCCUGGUUCUUUGAUUUUCAGACGUCGCCAUUCCCGCAGUAGCACAUCGUCAUUUGUGCAGAGAUACGGUCGUAUCGUCGACACCAGUGUCCUCCAAGAAUCCGUCACCCUCAUGCUGGCGAGGAACACCCCGGUGCCGCAGACACCGCGCGUCGAAACACCGCAGAGCAGCCAGAUCCCCAGACGCAGCCGGGCGGAGCGACGCGGCGACAUGAACACUGCCGACGUCAUUAGCCAAGCAUGA